CACUCUCCAUUGGACGCAGUCUGCGAGGGUGUUCCCCAGCCAGGGCAGGGUAUAAUUGGCAGCCAGGCAGGGAGGGGCAGUUUUCCAGGCUGGGGGCUUGUUGAUUGCUGGCACAGGCUCCUGUGAUUCCACCCCAACACGCCCCCAGCAGCACCGCUCCCUCCCUGAAAAUUACACCAGUCUGCUUCGCAUCUGAGCAUUUUAUCAUCUCCUCUGAGGUUGGCAGUGGGAGUCACAUCAGGAGCAUGGAGAAGCUGGACAUGUACCAGAUGCAGGGGAAGGGACGACCUGGUGCAGACGUGAAGAAGAAGAAAAUGAAGAAGAAGGAUAAACUGGAGAGCAUGAAGAAAGAGAUGGAUAUUGAUGAUCAUGAGAUCAGCAUCGAAGAGCUUGAAGAGAAAUAUGAAACCAGCAUUGAACGGGGUCUGAGCAAUGCCAAGGCCCAGGAGGUGCUGUUGAGGGAUGGACUCAAUGAGCUGAAACCCCCCAAGGGUACUCCCGAGUAUGUGAAGUUCGCUCGUCAGUUAGCCGGGGGUCUUCAGUGUCUGAUGUGGGUGGCAUCUGUCAUCUGCUUCAUCGCCUUCGGAAUCGAAACAGCCCGAGGGAACCUCUCUGGGUACGAUGAUGUGAGUGUCCAUGGGAUUGGCUGGGGCAAUGACGGAGGGCUGUUGGAUCUGGGUGAGGGGUAG